AUGGAUAAUUUUUCUGAUUACUUUUUCUUUCCGACGUUCGAGGAGCCAUCGUGCGACUACUUCCACCCUGUCACAGGAGAUUGUGUGGCCACACUUGAUGAGUUUAGGGAAGCCAUUGUGGCAUGGCUCACCCCAAAACCAUACGUGGCUGUUCUCAUGGUACUGUUUGCCUGUACCUUUCUUCUAGGCAUCUUCGGAAAUUUCCUCGUGUGCUUAGUUGUGUGGAAAAACCAGCGUAUGAAGACAGUAACGAAUACAUUCAUUUUUAACCUGGCUAUGGCUGACUUUCUGGUGCUUCUUAUCGCUUUACCAUUUACAUUGAUACAAGAUGUCGCCCAAACGUGGUUUUUUGGAGACGUCAUGUGUAAGCUGGUGAAAUACACACAGAGGGUGUCCGUUGUCGUUUCCGUCCUCACUCUAACCGCCAUUGCCAUUGAGAGAUUCAACGCCAUCUGUUAUCCGUUAAAAGCACGUGCCACCUUGGUGAAAGCCCGGUUUACAAUUGUCGUUAUCUGGGUUAUUGCUUUCUCUGCUUCUAUUCCGGACUUAGUGUUUUGCGAAAUCAAGCGGAGUUAUCCUGAAUACGUGACACCGUAUCUUGUGUCUUGCAGGAAUAUGAAACCAUUGAUGGGCUUCUAUAUUUAUAUCAUCGUCUUCUUUGUCAUCCCAGUAAUUAUCAUCGCGUUUUGUUACGCUCGGAUAGCAAAGUGUCUGUGGAAAUCUCACAUACCAAUACAGACCGGUAACGGAGCGUCGACAAGCUUUGGCGAGUUCUCGCAGCCUCAUGCAGCACGUCGCAGGACGGCAAAGAUGCUUUUUGUUGUGGUUAUCUUCUUCAUCUGCUGUUAUCUCCCUGUUCAUAUCAUCAACACACUUUUCAUCCUCCAACUGACUGGGAUGGUGAAGUCGGCGUGGACUCUCGGCGCGCAUCCCACUGUGAUCAUAGUCAUGUGCACACAUCUUCUAGUCUACAUCAAUAGUGCCAUGAACCCUGUCAUCUAUAACUUCAUGAGUGAAAAGUUUCGCCGAGAAUUCCGGAUAGCAUGUUCAAGUUGUUGUUCUAAGCGAGCCCGAUGUCCCAUGGCAGUUGAGUUGACUGAAAAAAGAGAUAACUUCACCCGAACAGGAACCACUCGACUGGUAACAUCCGCUGACAACAGGGGCACGUACGUUUGACAGAAGAUCCGCUAUUCCACACAUUAAGCUGUCUAAUGUCUCAGCAUGGUGGAGUACUGCGCAGUCGCCCGGCUAAUGAUGUAGAGGCUCAGUGCAUCUAAAUUGAACUUCGUCCUCAUUAACACUGACCGUAAUUAGCCAUGCAGACAGUUCAUGCAAGAAAACCCUGCCGAAAUGUCUAAAAAUGGCACAACCAUGCCAGCGACGACGUGAACUUUUAUCUUAAGUAUGAAGCAGUGGUUCAGGGGAUCAGUAAUUGGCACCUGUUUCCAGGGUUACCAACUCAUGCAGGAAACAGCAAUAUAUCUUUACUGUUCAUUUCGUGUACAGCCGCAAGCUCGAACACUGAAAUAAAUUGAAAUCUUAAGCUCUGCAAAAAUUCAGCACAAAAUAAUAACUUGCUUACUAGGUUCAU